AAAAAUUAUAAACCUCGAAAAAAAAAUGUGAAAAAUGGGGGCCGAACAAAGUUCUGUUGAUCUUCGCGAUUACGACGUGGAAUGCCAACUGCCUUCGUAUAUUAAAAGAGUGGAUUCCAGUUUCAUUUUAGCCAUGCACAACGGGUCUUACUAUCCAUGCAUCAUCAUUCGCCCUGCAUUGAUCAUCAAUGGUGGUUACACGGUUUAUUUCUUUCAUAUCCAAGGGGAAAACGAAGUUCCAGCAAACGGCAUUAUUGGUAAUUUGAGCUGUUUAAAGAACUGCGAAGUAUCGUACACUGAUGAAAAAGGAAACAAGUGUAUCGGCAGGAUAAUAGGUACUAAUCAAAAUCACCGAUCCAUGAUCGAUCAGCCCUUAAACUUCUUUAUCCAAAACAAUGAUCGCUGCGAAUGGGUUUCGUUUCCUUACAUUUACUUGACCAAAACGCAAGCCAAAGUGAUUUGUUGUUGAUAAAAAC